GGUACUUGUAAAAUAGAAGACCAUGCCUUGUUGAUAUAUGACGUUCGAUUUUGACAACUUUUUGUUUGUCAUAGGUCCGAAUCUGGAGGUGCUAGAUCUUUUGGGUAACAAUUUGGUCAAUGAUGCCCUCGUGGACAUUACGAGGAUAACAUCUCUUAAGGCCUUAGUCAUCGGCUUUCGUGGAUUGAGUGCUUCAAAGUUAUUGGAAGGCUUGUGUGGAUUGAGGAACCUUGAGGAGUUGCAGAUUAUUGGUAAUGGAGUUUCGGGACCUCUUCCUUCAUGUUCAUGCAACAUGACCUCGCUCCGUGCGCUUGAUGUUCAGCAUAACAAUUUGAGCGGGGCCAUUCCUUCUUGUCUCCUCUAUAAUCUCAAGUCAUUGGAAUACAUUGUGUUAUCUGGAAAUGCUUUCGAAGGCUCGCUUUCGCUUGCUUCCCUGGCUAAUAAUUCUAACCUUGAGGUAUUCCACCUCCUUGACAACCAUUAUCGUUUGGAAGUAAGUACAGAAGACCCCACUUGGUUUCCUUCAUUUCAGCUGAAGAUGUUUAGCUUAUCAAAUUGUGUGCUCAACAAAGAUGCAAAUGGCGUAAUUCCUAGCUUUAUGAAGGAGCAACAUGACCUGAGAGGUGUUCAGCUCAGCCAUAAUGGAAUGACAGGAAAUUUCCCGAAUUGGCUACUGGAAAACAAUGUAAAUCUGAAGCGGUUUGAACUCAUAGGCAACGAAUUGUCGGGUGCUUUUCAUUUGCCUUCCAAUUUGAGCCUUGCCAGCAUGUGGUUGUUCGAUGUGUCUAACAAUAUUAUUGAAGGAGAGCUUCCCUCUUGGAUUGGUUCUGUCCUUCCGAAUUUGCAAUAUCUGAACUUGUCGAAUAACUUAUUGAAAGGUAGGAUCCCUCCCUCAAUGGGCAACAUGAUAUUUCUGGAAUCAUUGGACUUGUCGAAUAAUAACUUCAUGGGAGAGAUACCAGAGAUACUGGCUAAAGAUUGUACGUCACUUAAUACAUUGAAACUGUCGGGCAACAGUUUGCAAGGCCAAAUGCUACCGAGGUAUUCUAACUUGAGAAAUUUGAAACUUUUGUAUCUAGAUAACAAUCGUUUUAGAGGGGACAUAACGCCUGGUAUAUUAAAUAGCUCCCUCUUGAUGGUUUUGGAUGUAAGUCAUAAUUUCGUAUCCGGAACACUUCCCAAUUGGAUUGGAGAUAUUCAAUACUUGCAAGGGCUUAUGCUGGCGAAUAAUUUAUUGGUAGGUCCUUUACCGUUUAGCUUAUGCAACUUACGAUAUCUCGAUAGUCUAGACCUUUCAAGUAACAACCUUGGGCCUGAUUUACCCCGCUGUGCCAACUUUACGUUUAUGAGGUUCUUGCAUUUAUCAAAUGACACUCUUGCUGGGCAUUUUCCUGAGUUUCUGUCUAGAGCUUCAUCAAUUGUCAUAUUGGAUCUUAGACACAAUGCAUUGCCAGGUGAGAUCCCCGGGUGGAUCAGUUUACUUCGAAACUUGAGGGUUCUUCUAUUGCAAGGAAACAACUUUGAAGGUUCAAUCCCUCUGGAUUUAUGUUUGUUGAAAGAUAUGAGCAUACUGGAUCUCUCCAAUAACAAUCUUUCUGGCAAAACUCCUCCUUGUUUGAAAGGUUUGACAUUUGGAUACUUUGAGUUAUCUCCAUUCUCAGGUGCUCUGACUUGGGUAGAGUAUUGGGAACCACUCGACUAUAAGGUCAAAUUCAAAUUGACAUAUCAAUAUGCAUACAAUGGAGCUGUACCGAGUACUUAUAUGGAAGGACUAGAAGAAGUAAACUUCAUCACAAAUAGUAGGUUGGAAUCUUAUAAGGGCAACAUCCUAAACCUGAUGUCAGGAAUGGAUCUCUCGCUGAACAAUUUGACGGGCUUUAUUCCUCCAGAGAUGGGCUACUUGAGUGAACUUCGAGCAUUGAACCUGUCAAACAAUCAUUUGACGGGACCGAUCCCGGAAACGUUUUCCAAUUUACAGAAUGCAGAGAGUCUGGACCUUUCCUAUAACAGCUUAACUGGUCCCAUCCCUCCACAGCUAACAAAGCUCUAUGCCCUGUCGCAUUUUAGUGUGGCUCACAACAACUUGUCAGGCAGGAUACCAGAUCGAAAAAAUCAAUUUGGAACUUUUGAGGAAGCAAGUUAUGAAGGCAACCCUCUUCUUUGCGGACCACCAUUAACAAGCUGUGAUGGCUCAAAUCUGGGACCGGGGACACCGCCAUCUUUUAAUCAUACCAAGGAGGAUGACUCUUGGAGAGAAGCCUUUGUGUGGAGUUUCGCGGGAUCAUAUGUGGUGGCGUUCCUUGGGGUGGUUCUCUUUCUCUACCUAAACCCGUAUUCCCAGUACAUGUUGUUCAAGCUUGUUCAUAAGUUUAUCGUAUUUUGUGACGGAAAAAUACGAUAAAACAGUGGAGAACCUUUGUUUAAUGGUUUGUAAGCAUUUGAAUCUUGAUUAUGCAUUUUGAAUGCUCGACUC